AUGAUCACAGUCGUAAAAAAUAAAUUUGAAUUUGACGAAGCUGAUUUCAUUCCAGAGUUCUUUGAAUUAAUUGAUCGAAAAACAAUAAAUGUGCAAUUCGAGAUGAUGUCGUUGGCUGGUGAUGCCAAUCAGUUAUUAAUUACAGAACAAAAAAUAUCACUGAGGAAAAUCGGUGUCCUAAAAGUGAUAAUCAAAAACUGCCAACGAUGCUUAACGGAAAAAGCGUAUGUGAUACAUGUCGGAAAAACUCCGAAAGUUAUAACGCGAAAUUGCAGCAAUAAAAAGAAUGAGAUCCUGAGCGCCAGUUCAUUUUCGCAAGAAGUAUUGCAACAGGUCGGUUGGGUCGACGAUAUCGAAUGUUAUUGGCUCAAUUACCCAAGUUUGAAACAAAGAAAUCCGGCGACAAGAUUGGUGCCACGAACUGGGAAUGUCGGACAUUAUAAUCACAAACGCUCAACCGGGAAAACAAAAGUUGGAGAAUCUUCUCGAAGAAGUAAAAGCAAUAAACUUGACCUUCCUGAUCAACAUUUAUCGGUGGAUGAAAAGCAGCAACAAUUUGAAGUCAAGAAGAGGACUAUAGAAGAAAAAAUAAGGCGUCUAAAAACUCUAUGUCGGUAUACUAGGAUCAAUCAACGAAAAGUGGUUGGAGUAUAUCCGGAAACAAAGGAAGGCGCAGAAAAGAAAGGAAGACAAAUACCCAGAUAUGGUUGA